CACACACACACGCAGACACACACGUAGUAGGCGGAGGCAGCAGACACACACGCACGCACACACACAGACCCGUAGUAGGCGGAGGCAAGGAGCCACACACACACACAUUGGAGGGAACCCCAUCAGCUGUGGGAAGCAACACAGCCUGAACUUACUUUUUAAUUUUUCUAACUCUGCUCCUCAGAUCGCCCGAUUUCGAAGCCGUAUUUUUUGUCGGUAUGCGUCACUGAGGAGUGCGGCGACGGCUCGGUGCUAGAAAACGUGCGUGAUUAUAUUUCAACAGGGACAGCAGUGUAGGAAGAAGGAACAGAAAACACGGACUACAGAAGGUGGCUCUGAAAGCAUGGAAUAUUUCAUGAUGCCGACAGAGAAGAUACCGUCCUUACAGCAGUUCAAGAAGACGGAGAAGGAUGUUAUCGGGGGUCUCUGCAGCCUGGCCAACAUCCCCCUCAGUCCAGAGACAGCCCAGGACCAGGAGAGACGAAUCCGCCGUGAGAUUGCUAACAGCAACGAACGCCGGCGCAUGCAGAGCAUCAACGCAGGCUUCCAGUCCCUGAAAACACUCCUGCCCCACACAGACGGAGAGAAACUCAGCAAGGCGGCUAUCCUGCAGCAGACGGCAGACUACAUCUUCGCCUUAGAGCAGGAAAAGACGCAGCUCCUGGCACAGAACAACCAGCUCAAACGCUUCAUCCAGGAGUUUAGCGGCUCAUCGCCUAAGAGGAGGCGAGCGGAGGAGAAGGACGAAGGGAUCGGCUCUCCAGACACACUGGAGGAGGAGAAAGUUGAGGAGCUGAGGAGGGAGAUGUUAGAGCUGCGGCAGCAACUGGACAAGGAGCGCUCGGCUCGUAUGCAGAUGGAGGAGCAGGUGCGAUCUCUUGACACCCAGAUGAGCCCCGAGCGUAUGAAGGUGAUCACCCAGCAGGUGGAGGAGGAGCAGGCCAUCCUCCAGAGCCAGACACUGUUACGACUGCAGCAGAUCCAUGCCGCCGACAGACAAACACACAGUCCACAGGUGCUGGCUCCACCCACUCCCCCCGCCCCAACCCACCACCCUACAGUCAUCGUCCCAGCCCCAACACUAACUCAGCACCCCCACCAUCAUGUCACCGUGGUGACCAUGAGUCCAUCUGUCCACACCAGCACCGUGUCAACAUCCAGACAGAACCUGGACACUAUUGUGCAGGCAAUCCAGCACAUUGAGCGCACCCAGGAGAGGAGAGCGAGCGCCGAGGAGGAGCAAAGGCGAGCGGUCAUCGUUAGCCCCGCGCACGUCGCCAUGGACACCGCCUGCUCAGACACAGACACCGACACAGAGGGGGAGGACUGCUCGAUGAACUGAUCCACCCCAUGAACUCACAAACACACACAAACACUUAAAAUACCUACUCACUGUAAGAUUCCCUCCAGGAGCUUGACUACUUAAAAAAAAUCUUUCUUCGGCAUUAUGAAAAAUUUAAAAUCCAGUGGUUAAGCUCUGUAUCAGUCAUGUACUGUAAAAAUUGAAAACAUAGGAUGGUCAGCGCGCAGAGGAGCUCCUGUGGGAUUUGUCAGAGCCGGUCUGUGGCUACUUGAAACCUGGAGGGUCUCCCCGUGUAAACAGCUAUCGGCAUCCGUCCGUCCUUCAUGUGUGUUUAUGUGUGCUACAUACAGUCGCAGUAUCACAGCUAACUGUCGUCACUGGCGCACUGACAGUAUUAUAUGUGCCACAAAUUGAUAGUGAGCACAAUGGAGAGUUGAAUGUAACAACACAAUAAGCAAGCAGCUCUUGAUUCUUUAAGGGAUGUCAAGUUGCAGCUGUUUCUUCCCCAGUCUUAAUAUGUUUUUUCUGUCUUUUCUUCUUUGUUUCCUGGUUGGUCACAUGAUAUCGUAGUGCCAGUGGCCACAAAACUCAACUUAAACUACAACAGAAGGCAUUUCUAAAUUUUAAAAAGUAAAAGUUAAACCUAAUUGCAAAGCUAAUCAGAGGCUAAAUGUCGAAUGAAAUUAUAUCUGAUUUACUUGAAAAAACAUACGUUGUGUUUUUGAUAUCUAAAUAAGCCCUUAAAAAUAAGCUGAUGAACAAUUUACAUUGAUCGUCUUUUGGUUAUUAUUGUUUUUCAUUGUUUUGUUAACUUUUUUUUUUUUCUUGUCAGGGUUACUGAAUGUUGAAAGUGAAGAUUUUGUUAUAUUGAGAUUAACAACUUAAAAUUGGAGGUUUGUCAGGUUUUUGUGGGGAACCGGAAGCCUUGCAGAAUUGUUGCCAAGUUUGAUUUCAACCAAAUGAAACUAAAAACUAACUUUAAAAAAAGAGGCUUUAAAAGUAGAAACACUUUAAUUUUCCAGAAUUUGUCAAUUUGACUGGAUCAAACUGAGUGAAUUAAUGGAACAUUUGGCUGGUUUGAAGAUCUGAAACAGAUUUGCAUGAUUCACACACUCUGUUUGCAUGAAGGCUUCCGGUUUUCCUCCAGAGACUUCCAGUCCAUCUUCUGGUCUUGGUUUGUUGAUUUCAGUGACUAUGCACUAGAGUUUUUGGUAUUUAUGCAAUUCCAUCUUCAGUACAUUUGUCGGUGUCAUUUAUACAUGAGGUGAAGUUAUCUAUGCACCGUCAAUAGGUGUGUACAUGACACCUACAGGAUAUGUAUGAAACAAAGAAUGUAGUCUACUUGUGGUGCUCUUUGUCAACAAGGUGCUCUGCUGACCAGCAGUGAGCUGAGGCACAAACCUUUUGUGUAACUUCACACUUGUUUAUUACACGUGUGUGAAAUUUCUGGGAAAUGAUACAAGUCAUUUCCACAUCUUGGAAUUGCUUAGAGGGCAGCGGAGCAGGGAGGUCUGAUCACAAAUGACAGCACAUUUUGUGUUGACUCAUGAUAUUUACUCACAUAAAUAGAAAAACCUUCAAAACACUGGUUUCAUACUGAUGUCAACAAUAACCUACAGCAUAGAAUGACAGAUAACAGUAUAGUAAAUGUAAAUUGAAAAACUACAUUUUAAAAACAAGGUGAAGGAGAAGGUAAAUAAGAUAAAUUCACACACCAGCUUCCCGUAAAAAACAUAGUUUUGGAAAAGAUGAUACAAGAGCAGCAGCUUUAUUGGAAAUCGAAGCCCGUACUUGCAGGUCGAUGUAUGUUUUCGGUGCAUCAGAUGCCUCACAGAGUUCUGCACUCUAAUGAAGAGCACUGAGCUGAACUACAGAUGUCUCUCCAAAAUGCACCGAGUCUGUCCACCUCAUGUUUCAUUGCUUAUAUUCGUGUCGGGAAUUUGACUGGAAAUCCCUGCUUCGAGCCUCCCUCCUGUCAUACUCAAUUUGAUACGCUGACUUGAUGCUGUAAACAUUCCUUUUUAUUUGGAUUUGUAUCUGUCUUUUGAUCUCUCACAUGUUCUGUUGCCAAUUGAACGCAUGUUAAUAAUUGCUAAAGCGGGCUUUUGUUUUGAAAGUUUGUUUCUUUUUCUUUUUUUUAACUCUGGUUUCCUCUUUUUUUUCUCUCCAUUAACACAUGACUGAUGGGUUCAGUGUGAAACUGUCUUGUGUGAGAUGCAUGGACACUAUUUCACUUACUGACAUCAAUUUUAUAUCUGGUUAGACUAGUCUUUUUCAUGCCAAACGUGUGUGUGUGUGGGGCGGGGGGGUUCUCAUAUUGUUUGUGAAACUUUGUUGAAGGGUUCAGUGAUUCGCUAAUGGAUGGUAAAGCACAGCUUGAAUCUGAGCUGAGGUUUGUCAUUGGUUGGCUGAACUGUUGCUCCCCAAAUGUUUCUGUACAUUGUGUUGCAGCACUGCUGUCUUUUGGUGGAAUUUGAGAUAUUUGAUAUGAAGCACUUGCUGUUCUGUACUGCCUGAAUCAAUGAUGAGGAAGAUAUUUUUUGCCAUUUAUUUUUUGUAAACUCUUUGCUGUGACUCUGCAGCUGUUUAUUAUGUUCUGCUCUUUUCUGUCUUUUCUUCUGUCUUUCUCAUCCUGUUUUCCAUUUUUGGUGACAAGCAUUUUUUUUUUUUUUAUAUUUUUGUGAUUUAUUUUUUUGUUUGUUUGUUUUGUUUUCCAUCAGUCCAGGUCGAUGAGAAGCUGUUAUAUUUUGUUUAUAAAAACUUGGGUAAACAGGCCUUUGUAAAGAUGAAAAAAAAAUAAAAUUUGUACUUUUUUUAUUACA